AUGUUCUUGUUAGAUUUGGAUCUCAGUGUGAAAAACGUCCCAUUUGCCAAUGCUCCCCCAGGGUGCACAGGCUCCACUUUUCACAAUUCAGAGCCCGCAGAGCAGCUUUCCUCUCCGUCGUGGGAGCUGUCACACAGUUCCAGCUUCAAGAGGGAGUGUUGUUGGGCCCAUGUGGACAGUGCCUGGGAUGAAGCCCACGCAGGCGACUAUAUAAACUUGAAGGGCCCUGCCUGGCAGUGCGCAGAUCUCCUCGUGGGGCCGCCCAGGACCAGCCUGGAAGUGAUGAGUGAUAAAGCAGAGGAGUCCGCUGUUGGGCCCAAAAGCCAAGUGAAACGUUCUGGAAAAUCCAUCACUCCGCCUCCAUUUAAGAAAAGGCUGAGCAUGCCGCUGCUGUCAGUGAGAGAGGAAGGAGAGGGAUCAUCCCAGCCUGGGGCCUCAGCCGUGUCCUCGGAAGAUGAUGAGCCCAAGGGCACAGCAACGUCUGUGUGGGAAGAUGUGCCAGAUCAACUGCCAAUACCAGUGAAAAUCAAUAUGGAAAUAAAACUGCAAUUGAAGAAGGAAAUCCGAUAUUUUGAAGGAAAAUAUGGAAAAAUCCUCAAAUUGCUUGAGGGAGUGCAAGGACCUCCGGAAGUGCACAAAAAAUUUGCUGUAUAUGCCAUGAAGGAAGCGGCAAAAUUUAAAAGAGAAGGCUUAAUAAGUCACCUUGAGAAGGUACUAGAGAAAAUAGAACGCGACCAGUUUCUCAACAAAGGUGAUGGCUCCCCAAGCUUUUAAUCCCGUUAUGGCAAUCAUCAAUGAGAAAGCAGAGCCAAUUGGCUGUCCUGGAAUGCGACCAGAUAUUGUUGAUGGCUCCUAGCAUGAUUAGCUAAGAAAUCGUCUUCUUGGGGCUAAGGAAAAGCGUUGCAACUUUCAUGUUAUAAGUUUCUGUUAGUAAAAGUUGGC